AUGGCGCAUUCACAAGAUCUGGAGGAGCUACUAAGCUCACUUCCUGCAUGCUGCAGAUGCAGACUAAAUCGCCGCCGAUGCGACACACAGCUGCCCUCGUGCCAGAACUGCUCCAAAGCGGGCGCGGAGUGUGUCUUCUUCGACCAUGUCCUGCAGCAAAACCAGCCCCGAGCAUAUGUCGCGACACUUAUAUCUCGUCUGAAGGAGAAGCGCGGUGAACUGGCUGCCCGCACAGGCCGGGAAUCUUCUGGGGGAUCUCUCACCUGUUCACCCUCCUCAGAUUCUCGGCGCACUUCAAGCAGAUGUGGCUUACAGACAAGUCGAUAUAUUGGGAACAGGUCCUGUUUAUCGUGGCCCUUGUCUGUCGUGAAUGAUACUGCAGAGACUACAACUCUGGCUCCGCCUCCGCUAGAAGUCGAGGAGAAGUUGAAUAGUGACAUCAACCAGGAUGUCCACUGGUAUCUCAUGAUGAUCUACAUGGACAACAUCCAGCCUGUGUACCCCGUAAUCGAAGAAUCCUUGCCGUUUCUCUCAUCCAACUGGCUCAUCGAUCGCGACCUCGAUUCGCUGGACGCUCGACAGCUCUUCACGCUCGAUCUAGUCCACUCAAUAGCCAGCCGCGAUAUCAUUGAUAAUAUUAGUACAGAUCAACGACAGUCCUAUCGUGUAUUAGCCGACGAAUGCCACAGGCGAGCCUUGGUUCUAUUUGACAAGGCUGCUACGGACAUUAGUAUUCCCACGCUGCAGGCAGUUAUACUAGCCACAUUGCAUAGCCUAUUCAGUCCACAGCAGGGGAAUUGCGAACAGCUCAUUGGGCUCGCGGUGAGGCUCGCAAUGGAACUACAUGCCAGCGAUAAACAGGCUAGGAGCGACGAGGGUAGAAUACAGCAGCUUUACAGGGUAACAUAUUGCAUUGAGAACCAGGUUGCUACGACAUUGGAUAGGCCGGCACUAUUGCCAGAACCGCGUCGUGAGUAUCGGUCGGAUACUUCUAUACAAGACACGCUCUGCGACUUGUAUCGAAUGCAAUCCCGCUUUCGUUCCAACCCAGAUGACGAGGAAGCUGUAGCCUCCUUGUCCGAGGAAUUGUCUAGUCGUAUCAAAUAUCUCGAGGAAAUUACCAUUGACCGGAAUACCAAUGUUCUUGCCACUGCAUAUGAAACGCGGCUACUUCUCUCCCCAAACGACAACGAAGCCGCAGCGCGUCUGAUCGAAGCUUAUGGUCAGCCGCAUUAUAUUCGGACCUUCCUAAGUCCGCAAUGGGCAUAUAGGGCCGGUGUGGUCAUCUCCACGGCGUGGAAGGGGUCUGGCCCUGCUGUUCAGGCUUACGGCCGUUGUCUAGUAUUCCUUGAGCAGUGUUCACGGACAUGGCCCAGUGCGAGUGCACUGAAGCAAUCGCUGGAAUCCUUCGCAUCGAGGUGA